AUGGGUGCUACUCAGUACUAUCGCUCUCAGAUUGGCGAAGAGUCCGUCAUCGACUACUCUCAUACCGACUUUCCCUUCAAGCUUCUCGCCAAAGACGUAUACUAUUUCUUCGUCUAUGUAUGGGCACUGCCAUGGGUCAUCUGGCCCGUCUAUCCCUUCAAAUGCAAGGUUUUCGAUGAGCUCUAUCCAUCCCCUCAGAACGUAUUCUGCGUUGUCGUCCACUUGGUUCUCUUCUUCCUGCAGCUAGGGUUCAUCAUAGCCCUGCCAUUCUCCGUUGUGUUUCCAGUCUGGAUGGCGGCAACAGGUAUUGCUGGGUUCAUGUUUACCAACUGGCUCAUCUGCAAGCUUCUCAAUGGUAGUAAGGAAACUUAUACCUCGGAUGAAAAGUACGCCAAGGCUCGGCCUGAGCACGCCCAUGAACAAUGGGUUUUCUUGAACGGCGUCGCUGUUGGAGAACAUUGGAUGCAGUCGAAUUUGAACCGGCUUGCACUGACCUUUGGCCGGCCUAUCCUUGGUAUUCACAACCAGACUCGCGGAAUAAUAUUUGAUGUUGUUGAAUGUCUGAUACAGCGCAAUUUUGGCUACGCGACUGGGGAUAUCAGAAUUUGCUUCAGACUUCUCAAAGACAUCCUAUAUGAUGAAAGCAAAUCCAAAGUCGUCUUCGUGCUACACUCCCAAGGAGGAAUCGAGGGAGGUCUGGUUCUCGAUUGGUUGCUCCAGGAGCUGCCACAAGAUCUAAUGUCUAAACUCGAGGUUUAUACCUUUGGAAACGCAGCCAAUCACUUCAACAAUCCUCAUCGUCAUCGGUCUUCGCAGAUGCUGGCUCGUCUCAAGCCCCUAUCUGCGAUGAGCACCGUUCUUACCGAGUCCUCUUUCGACUCUCCUUCUAGCAGCCCACUCGAAGCUAAGGAUGACCUGGCCCUAAAGACUCGCAAUCCGGUCAGGAAAGAAUCUUCUGGCGUGUCGACUCGAUCUAUUUCCGCUGCCAAAGACAGGUGUAUCUUGCAUGUGGAGCACUAUGCCAAUAGUACAGAUUUUGUUGCCAUAUGGGGCAUACUGCAUUUUGCAACGAACAGGAUGGAAUCGCGAGAACUCCCACGGUUUCAGGGGCGAUUGUUCUCUCGGGCAGAUGGCCGCCACGGUGGCCACCAGAUGAAUCAGCAUUACCUAAACGCCAUGUUCCCUUUGAAGAAGGAUGCUGAGACUGGAGAGUAUGUGGGAGCUGAUGAAGACAAUGAAUUCAUGAAUGAAGCCAUCAAGGUCGGUGAAGAAGGCAGUGCCUCUGCCAACGCGAGAGAAGCCUUCGAAAUAUCAUGGGCUGGGACGCAGGGAUUUGGGUCUGGCGAUGCUUCAACUCCGAUUGAGGUUCAUGGGAUCUCAAACAAAAUCAAGGAGGCUAGUGACGACCACGGAAUCCGUGUGAAAGAUGUGAGUCGUUUGUGGAGUUACAGAAAUGGCCGGAGUCCUGUAGAGUUACCCCCAAUGCUUGUCUCUGAGAACGGUGUGCCUAGAACAGCAACUCUAUGA